UCAGAUUAAAUUAUCGAAAUUUUCUUUCUAUUUCUAAAAACAUUUUUAAAGUAUCUUAUCAAAAUAUGAGUAAAAAACAAAAUACGCUCGAAAAAUAUUUAAAGCCAGAAGUGAAAGAAAAAAAUAUUCAUAGUAAUGAAAGUGCAGAAAGUAGUACGCGUCCAACUAAAAAAGUUAAGAAAGACGAAACAAAUAAAACCUUGAAAAUACCAGAAAGUUUAUUUUUUGAAAAGCGUGAAGGGACCGUAAAACUCGCUUCUUGGAAUGUUAGCGGGUUAAAUGCUGCUUUAAAAAAGGGUUUCAAGACUUAUGUCGAAGCAGAAGACGCUGAUAUUUUGUGUAUUCAAGAAACAAAAGUCAAUGAAAAAGUUAAUGAUGUAGUUGAUUCUAAGAAAUAUAAAUAUCGUUGGUGGGGCUUUGAUGAGAAAAAAGGAUACGCCGGGAUAGCUGUUUUUUCAAAGAUUGAACCAAUUUCUACUUCAUUUGGCCUUCCUACACAUCCAAACCCCGAAAGUACCAAAGGACGAAUUAUUACGUUGGAAUUUGAGUCAUUAUAUUAUGUAGCAUGUUACGUUCCUAAUGCGGGUGAUAAACUUGCUAGAUUGAAAGAAAAAAUAGUUUGGGAUGAAGUUAUGGAAAAAUAUUUGAGACAACUUGAUGAAAAGAAACCAGUGAUUUGGGCUGGGGACUUGAACGUUGCACAUAAAACAAUUGAUUUAGCGAAACCUAAUACUAAUCAAAAGACUCCGGGUUUCACACCAGAAGAACGGGAAGAUUUCGAAAGAAUUUUGAAUGGAGGGAAAUCCAAAUUUAUUGAUACUUGGAGACAUUUCCAUCCAAACACUGAGGGUCAAUAUACAUAUUACUCUUAUCGCUUUAAAUGUUAUUCUAAAAAUAUUGGUUGGCGUUUAGAUUAUCAUGUUGUUAGCGAAAGGAUAUUAGACAAAGUAAUUGAAAGCGAAAUUCGAUCGAAUGUUUACGGAGCAAGUGAUCACGUGCCAAUUGUUUUAGUUCUUAAAGAUUUGUAAAAAAAAACUCACCAUUUAUGAAACAACAACUAUUUGUGAUUUUUUUUUUAUAAUAUUACAUAAGAAACGUGUAUAGAUACUUAAAAUAAAGAUAAAUAAUUGAUUCACACAAUUGCAGGUUAGAUAGAAUGAUCAAGUUUACCGUGACUAUG